UCCUCCUCCCCCGCGCCACCUGUUCGACGCAAUCCAUAUACUCCGCUCCGCUCCUCCCGUGCUCCUGCAUUUCCCCUCCUGCUGCUCUAGCUACUGCUCUGCUCUUCGUCUCCGAUUCUCCGAUCAGUUGCGUUUGCGUGCGAGGAGGCGGCGGCCAUGUCGGGGAUGUCGCUGGCGGUGGGGCCGCGGACGUCGGGCACGGACGACACCGCGGCGGAGCGGGGGCAGCAGCAGCCGUCGACGAUGCUGGGCGGCGUGAUGGGGUCGCUCCGCGUCAUCGAGCUCCAGCUCGUCGCCUUCAUCAUGGUCUUCUCCGCCUCCGGCCUCGUCCCGCUCAUCGACCUCGCCUUCCCCGUCGCCACCACCCUCUACCUCCUCCUCCUCUCCCGCCUCUCCUUCCCCCCUCUCCACUCCACCCUCCCCUCCUCCUCCUCCUCCUCCCAAGAGAUCUUCCGCGGCAGCACGUGGUUCCAGGCGUACGUGGUGCUGGGGACGACGGUGGGGCUGUUCCUGCCGCUGGCGCACGUGCUGGGCGGAUUCGCGCGCGGGGACGACGGCGCGGUGAGGUCGGCGACGCCGCACCUGUUCCUCCUCUCGUGCCAGAUCCUCACCGAGAACGUGGUCGGCGCCCUGGGCGCCGCGUUCUCGCCGCCGGUCAGGGCGCUGGUGCCGCUGCUCUACACGGUGCGCCGCGUGUUCGUCGCCGUCGACUGGGUGUACGACGCGUGGGGGAACCGCGCCGCCGCCGCCGCGCCGCAGGAGGCGGUCGCCUGGAUGUGGUUCGGCCGCUACCUCGCCGUCGCCAACCUCGUCUACUUCUCCACCAACCUCCUCGUCUUCCUCAUUCCCAAGUUCCUCCCCCGCUCCUUCGAGAAGUACUUCCGCAUGCGCGACGAGGUGUACGCCGAGACCGCCGAGGACCGGCACGCAGCCGCGGCGACGGUGGCGGCGAAGCCGGUGGAAUCGAAGAAGGCAGACUGAUCGACGAUCGAAAGCUAUAUAUAUUUAAUUUUGCUGUGAGACUCUUGUUAUUUGUGAUUAUGUUUGUGUUUUGUGUCAUGUGAAGUUUGUUGCUUGUUCGUGUAUUGCAACUUGGUGUUCGAGUGUCACGUCGUUGAAUUGGUAGUUAAAAUUUGCUAAUAACUUGCUGAA